AUGUCUCGGGAGACAGAUGGGGAGCGUCAGCAGCCCCAAGGCCCAUCCUCCCAGCCCCAUGGCCCCUCCUCCCAGCCCCACGGCCCCUCCUCCCAGCCCCAAGGCCACUCCUCCCAGCCCCAUGGCCCCUCCUCCCAGCCCCAAGGCCCCUCCUCCCAGCCCCAUGGCCCCUCCUCCCAGCCCCAUGGCCCCUCCUCCCAGUCCCAGAACUCAUCCGGGUCCUCCACCAGCACAGUAACAACGUCCAGCCAGUCCUCUCACUCCAGCUCGGGGACGCUGAGCUCCUUGGACACAGUGUCCACUCAGGAGCUGUAUUCCAUUCCUGAGGACCAGGAACCCGAUGAGUCGGUCCCUGCCCCUUGGGCUCGAGUGUGGGCCCUUCAGGACGGAUUCUCCAAUCUCGAGUGUGUGAAUGACAGCUACUGGUUCGGGAGGGACCGGAGCUGUGAGUACUGCUUUGAUGAGCCCCUGCUGAAAAGCACGGAUAAAUACCGGACGUACAGCAAGAAGCACUUCCGGAUUUUCAGGGAAAUGGGCCCUAAAAACUCGUACAUCGCGUACAUAGAAGACCACAGUGGGAACGGGACCUUCGUGAACAGAGAGCUUGUGGGGAAGGGAAGACGCCUUCCUUUGAGUAACAAUUCGGAAAUCGCACUGUCCGUGUGGAGUAACAAAGUUUUUGUAUUUUUCGAUCUGACUGUAGAUGACCAAUCAGUUUAUCCCAAGGAAUUAAGAGACCAAUACAUCAUGUCAAAAACGCUUGGAAGCGGGGCCUGCGGGGAGGUGAAGCUGGCCUUUGAGAGGAAGACCUGUAAGAAAGUCGCCAUCAAGAUCAUCAGCAAAAGGAAGUUCGCUAUUGGCUCCGAGAAAGACGUAGACCCAGCACUCAAUGUUGAAACAGAAAUCGAAAUUUUGAAAAAAUUAAAUCAUCCUUGUAUCAUCAAGAUUAAAGACUUUUUUGAUGCCGAAGAUUUUUAUAUUGUUUUGGAAUUGAUGGAAGGCGGCGAGCUGUUUGACAGGGUGGUGGGCAACCGGCGCCUGAGAGAAGCGACGUGCAAGCUGUACUUUUACCAGAUGCUCCUGGCCGUGCAGUACCUUCACGGCAAUGGCAUUAUACAUCGGGACUUAAAGCCAGAGAAUGUUCUACUCUCAUCUCAAAAAGAGGACUGUCUGAUAAAGAUCACUGAUUUCGGGCAGUCCAAGAUCUUGGGGGAGACCUCUCUCAUGAAAACCUUAUGCGGCACCCCCACGUACUUGGCCCCCGAGGUUCUCAGCUCCCUCGGGACCGCCGGCUAUAACCGUGCUGUGGACUGCUGGAGUUUAGGAGUCAUUCUUUUUAUUUGCCUCAGUGGGUACCCACCUUUCUCUGAGCAUAAGACUCCCGUGCCGCUGAAGGACCAGAUCACCAGCGGGAAGUACCACUUCAUUCCUGAGGUCUGGGCGGAGGUCUCCGAGCAGGCGCUGGACCUCAUCAAGAAGCUGUUGGUAGUGGAUCCAAAGGCACGUUUUACGACGGAAGAGGCUUUGAAACACCCGUGGCUUCAGGAUGAGGACAUGAAGACGAAAUUUCAAAAUUUGCUUUUUGAAGAAAAUACAUCAACGGCUCUACCCCAGUUCCCGGCCCAGCCUUCCACGAGUCGAAAGCGGAUCCGGGAAGGGGAGGCGGACGAUGCUGGCACCGCGAAGCGCCUGGCUGUCUGUGCUGCCGUCUCCUGA